CAGGAAGGACAAGAAGUAGUCCCUUUCAAAGAGGUCUCCUGUUCACUUCAGAAUUUUUAAAAAUGACUGAAAUUCCUCUACUGAAUGUUCCCUUCUCAAACCAGAGUGAAAACAAGAGCAACUCAACUACUUGCCCAGACUUGAAAGACUGGUGGGAAAUCGUGUACUAUAUAGUACCCAAGUAUAUCAACACCAUCUGUGCCAUUGGAAUACUUGGAAAUGCAUUUGUUCUCUUAACUUAUUCACUGCAAAAGGGCCCUGUGAAGAUAGCUGAAAUCUACCUUAUGAACCUAGCUGUUGCUGAUCUUAUCUUCCUCACGUGCCUCCCUUUCUGGGCAGAGAACAUCAAGAAUGAAUUUAAUUGGCCGUUUGGCAAUUUCCUUUGUCGUAGCACCAGCGCAUCCAUCAGGCUAAACUUAUACACCAGCAUCUACUUGCUAGUGGCGGUCAGCAUGGAUCGCUAUUUGACUUUUGUUCAUACCUUGAACCACAGAGGGAUACGGAGCAAAACUAUGGCCAAAGGGAUCUGCUUGCUCACCUGGUUCUUCGGCAUGCUUCUCAGCGUCCCAACCUUUAUGUUUCGGACUGUGAAACACUUUCCCCUGUGGAAUAUUUCAGCAUGCACUUUAGACUUCCCCACCCCAUCAUGGAUAACAGCUGAGCGCCUGGUAUUCAACAUAGUGGGGUUUGCUUUGCCAUCGACAGCAAUCAUCUUCCUUAAUUGCUCUACCAUUUGCUCCCUACAAAAACAAGCAAGAGAACGAAGAGGACUCAGAACAAAGAGUUGCAAGGAGCACAGAGGCACAAAGGCUACAAGGUUGAUCUUCGCAGUGGUACUGAUGUUUCUUUUGUGCUGGACUCCUUACCAUUUUUUUGUAUUCCUUGAUACAUUAUACCAGACAGAAGUGAUCAAAGGCUGCUUCUGGGAGGAACUGCUUAACUUUGGUGAGCAGUUUGGUUAUACUCUGGCUACCACCAACAGUUGCAUUAACCCUGUGAUUUAUGUCUUUGUUGGGAAAUACUUCAGGCAAAAGGCUGUAGAAGUUUUUUCACAGUUUAUUCCCUCUAGAUUUCCUUUGAGCUGGGUGUCAUUCAAACAAAAGUCUUCAUAUUUCAACACAUUUCCAGUCAGGAGUAGUUUAACCUAAUGGUUCUCAGUUCCAUCUUCAUUUUGAUAUUACAACUUAUUUUAAAUGACAUUAAAAAUUAAUAUGAAUUGCACUGAUCUGGCAUUCACAGACUAAGCUAAUUAUUUAUUAAAGUAAAUCACUUUACUGCUUAUUUGUCCUCAGGUUUUCUUCUCUUUUUCUGUGUUAUCCAUCCAAAUGCAUAACAAGUGAUACCAAAAUUUUAUACCAAAUAAUCUAACAUGUCUAAUCAAUUACCAGUGGCUUGAAAGAAAAUAUCUCUUUGACAAGAUAUCAGAAGUCUGGUUCCUUUACAGAAAGCCAUAAGCUGGCUGAACAUUUUACUGCAUUGUAUCUGUGAUGACAACUACUAUACCACCAAUAACAUUAUACAUCAAAUUAUAACAUGUAUUACAGAGCAAAUAUGAGCUUAACCUUCAGCUGAUAGCUGCAUUUGAGCAAUUAUAGAAUAGCUCUAGUUAUUUUUAACAAUAUUUCAAAUGGUUUGCACUUUCAUUGUAACAUGGAAAAUUUGAAUAAUUUUUUGUGCAUUUCAAAUAUAUUUGUAUUUUAAUGUAUUUUAU